AAGGUUUGUAUUCUUAAAAUGAAUAUGAAAAAUCCUAUAUAAGCCAAAGCUGUCUCUGUGGCUGUAACCCUAGUUGCACAGAGCCACCGUUUGGUUCGACAAGACUUCAUCUUCUUCCUUCAUUCUUCUGCUCUUUCAUAAUCCCCAACAACAUCUUAACGAGGUCAGAGGACUAAAUAGUUGUGCCACCAUGUCGGACGAAGAAAGGGAGGAGAAGGAGUUGGAUCUCUCUUCUGCCGAAGUGGUAACGAAAUACAAGACAGCUGCUGAGAUCGUUAACAAGGCCUUGAAGUUAGUUAUUUCAGAAUGCAAACCUAAGGCAAAAAUUGUGGACAUUUGUGAGAAAGGGGAUUCAUAUAUCAGAGAACAAACUGGAAAUGUGUACAAGAAUGUGAAGAGGAAGAUUGAGAGAGGUGUUGCUUUUCCAACAUGUUUAUCAGUAAACAACGUUGUUUGCCAUUUCUCCCCUCUAGCCAGUGACGAGGCAGUUUUGGAAGAAGGUGAUAUAUUGAAAAUUGAUAUGGCUUGUCAUAUAGAUGGUUUCAUUGCUGCGGUGGCUCACACCCAUGUACUUCAGGAUGGUCCUGUUACAGGAAGGGCAGCCGAUGUCAUUGCCGCUGCAAAUACUGCUGCAGAGGUGGCCUUGAGGCUUGUCAGACCAGGAAAGAAGAACAAGGAUGUAACUGAGGCAAUUCAAAAGGUUGCUGCUGCCUAUGACUGUAAAAUUGUUGAGGGUGUUCUCAGCCACCAAAUGAAGCAGUUUGUUAUUGAUGGGAAUAAAGUUGUGCUCAGUUUGUCUAAUCCAGAAACAAGGGUUGAUGAGGCAGAGUUUGAGGAGAACGAAGUUUAUGCAAUUGAUAUAGUAACAAGCACAGGGGACGGCAAGCCCAAGUUGUUGGAUGAGAAGCAGACAACCAUCUAUAAGAGGGCUGUUGAUAAGAGUUAUCACUUGAAGAUGAAAGCAUCUAGGUUCAUCUUCAGUGAAAUCAGUCAGAAAUUUCCAAUUAUGCCAUUUUCUGCUAGGGCUUUGGAAGAGAAAAGAGCUCGUCUGGGUUUAGUUGAAUGUGUCAACCACGAGCUAUUGCAGCCAUAUCCUGUUCUGCAUGAAAAGCCAGGUGAUUAUGUUGCACAUAUCAAAUUCACAGUCUUGUUAAUGCCAAACGGGUCGGAUCGGGUCACAUCUCAUCCACUCCAAGAAUUGCAGCCUACAAAAACAAUAGAUGAUCCUGAUAUUAAGGCCUGGCUAGCCUUGGGCACAAAAACAAAGAAAAAGGGUGGUGGAAAGAAGAAAAAAGGUAAGAAAGGGGACAAGGUAGAUGAGUCAGCUGAAGCUGAGCCUAUGGACUCAACAAAUGGGGCCACUACUCAAGAUUAAGUUAACCCCAUCCUCUCCCCCGAACAAUGAAAAAGAUUUUCUUUUCAUUACCCCUUUUCAAUUUUGGUACAUUGUUCGCCAAAUUGUAUUUUGUUUAAUUAUGAAUUUUAGUAUAGUUUUCCGACCUUGAUUCUAACAGCAAUUUUCAUAUGGUUCCUUAAAGAAAACCAAACCGUACACUGGUUUGGUUAUUCAUCCAAACUGUUUGAUAAUUUGAUAGAAUGGUUUGGUUUUUGGUGAA